AUGAGCGUUCACACUAUGAUUGAAUAACACUUUCUGGUUUCCACUACUGGUCUUUAAGCACUACUGUUCAGUGACACCCUCGUUGGGACACUUAGGCCUGUAUCAAUCUCUCCAUUCCAAGAGGGUCCAUACAGACUCUCCAGCAGACGGUUCGUCAAAACCGUAAGCAUAAUUUAGCACGAAGGGGAAGGGACCGUGUUCAGGAAUCGAGCCUCGUUGGAUAAUUGCUUUUCAAUAUCCGUGGCUCGUUGAAUUCCAUCCAUACGAAGCGCCUGCCCAGUCGGUGGAUCAUUCAAGCCAAGGACGACAAGAAGACGAAAGCAGCCAAGAUGCCUACCCUUGACUUGGGCAAUUUCAACAUUGUCUGUGCCACCCUCGGAGGCUUCAUCUCUCUCUUUGGCUUGGUCUCCUACCUUUGCAAGGAGAGAUUCUAUCUUUCGGAAGCAUUGAUAUCGCUUCUAGCUGGGAUUAUAUUUUCUCCACAUGCGGCUAAUUUCAUCAGACCGUCAGACUAUUCUCUUGGCUCUGCUGAAAAUCUGGAACUUAUCACGCGGGACUUCACCAGACUUGUCUUGGGUGUCCAGUUGGUUCUUGCCGGAGUUCAGCUUCCGAGUCGCUAUCUGCAGAUAGAAUGGAAGAGCCUCUCCCUCUUGCUAGGCCCCGGUAUGGCGGCCAUGUGGAUAUGUACCAGUCUCCUUGUCUGGGCAAUGGUUCCACAUACGGAAUUCCUUCAUGCCAUGAUCAUCGGUGCCUGUGUGACGCCUACUGAUCCAGUCUUGUCGAACUCCAUCGUGAAGGGUAAAUUCGCGGAUAAGAACGUUCCACGGCCACUGCAGAGGAUCAUAAUCGCAGAGUCUGGUGCCAACGAUGGCUUGGGAUAUCCAUUCCUUUUCUUGGGGCUCUACCUCCUCAAAUACGUAGGUAUGGGCGGUGCAGGUACCACCGGGAAUGGUGGCACAGCUAUUGCAAAGUGGGUCUACGAGACUUGGUGUUACGAGAUAUUGCUGAGCGUUGCCUAUGGCAUCGCUGUUGGCUGGCUGGCUCGAGACCUACUACAUUGGGCAGAGGAGAAGAAGUAUAUCGACCGGGAGAGCUUCCUGGUAUUCGCUAUUGCUCUUGCACUCUUCAUUGUUGGAACCUGCGGAUUGAUCGGGACAGAUGACCUGCUGGCCUGCUUCAUUGCCGGAAAUGUCUUCACUCACGACGACUGGUUCCGUCUAGAGACACUGGACGACUCCCUCCAGCCCACAGUAGAUAUGCUUCUCAACUUGGCCAUUUUCAUGUGGUUUGGAGCUGUGUGCCCAUGGUCCUCUUUCGUCCAUAACGAUGUCAUCCCGAUAUAUAGGCUCAUAUUCCUGGGGAUCCUGGUUCUGCUUCUUCGUCGAUUGCCUGUCAUUCUCGCAAUGCAUAAGGGAAUCCACCAGAUCGACCAGUUCUCUCAGGCAGCCUUCGUUGGAUUCUUCGGGCCUAUGGGAGUCGGAGCUAUUUUCUAUCUCUGCGUUUGCCGAGAGUUCUUGACCGAGAAUGUGCUCGUUGAUGGCAAACCCCGCGAGGAUGCGGUCAAAGUUGCUGAAGCAGUUAAUAUCGUGGUCUGGUUCCUGGUUAUCUGUAGUAUCAUCGUGCACGGUAUCUCCGUUCCGCUUGCCAAAGCUGGAUAUCAUAUCCCGCGUACCAUCUCUAGCGCCCUGAGUACAAGCACAACCUACGAUCCGGAGCCUAUCACUAUUCCUGGCGUCCAGAACACCCACAGCACUGCUACACGAGGCCAAGAUCCCACCGCUCUUGGUCGCAACCGUCGAGAACGGAUCCCACCACCUCCCUUCAGGAUUGGCGGGUCAGUUAUCAGACCGAGAUCUCCAGCAAGUCAGAUCCAGCCGGGUGUUGGCCAGACCGGUGAACCUGAAAGACCAGUUAGUUUGGUCUCUGAUGAUGGCCGACUCAAACCAGGAACACAAUCUGCCAGUGACUAGUCUAAACCCUUUGCAAAGCUGUUGGCUCCCAUUGUCUCGAGGAUCCUGAUGUCUCCUUGCAGUGGAGAGAUCUGCUGGCGAUAUUUAUCCCGGCUUUCCGCCAGCAGCAAAUAUCAAGACAGGCCCUUCGGGUUUAGACGUCGCGCUACUUA